GUGUCAUCAUAGCUCGCAGAUUCCAGGUAGUAUCAGGCAGGCCAUUACAAAGAUGCCCCCAUUUAUAGUGAACUACAAACAGCUGAGAUUCUUUAUAAGUAUUGGGAGUUAAGGAUGGUAGACAGCUCUGUCUUGGUGGAAUUAUCAAGGAAUAGAUCAAAGUGAGAGUAAAGCUAUAGAACUUCGAACAGUCCUUAAAUGCUUCACAUUUUGGGCAGGAUAUAAUGAAAGAAUAUAUAACAAUUCUUUGGGCUGCAAUCAAGUCUAGCAUCUUAUAUUAAGAUUAGUUAAUGUUUGUAAAGUACUGUGCAGAUAUGCCCUUUUAAAAUGCUAAGUAUUCUAAAAAACUACACAGUAGCAUUUUACUAAAUGUAAAAGAUCUAAUGUUCAUCAUUUCUUUGGUACAGGUUGGCAAAGAUUCUUUUGGCAAUGACUAUAUAGAAAACUUAAAACAGAAUGGUAUUUCUACAGAAUUCACAUAUCAGACUGAAAAUGCUGCUACAGGAACGGCUUCUGUAAUUGUCAAUAAUGAAGGCCAGAAUAUCAUCAUCAUAGUGGCUGGAGCAAAUUUACUCCUGAAUACUGAAGACCUGAGGGAAGCAGCCAGUGUUAUUAGCAGAGCCAAAGUAAUGAUCUGCCAACUAGAAAUAACUCCAGCAACUUCUUUGGAAGCCCUGAAAAUGGGCCGCAGCAAUGGAGUGAAAACAUUGUUCAACCCAGCUCCUGCCAUUGCUGACCUGGAUCCUCAGUUCUACACCCUCUCAGAUGUGUUCUGCUGCAAUGAAAGUGAGGCUGAGAUUUUAACCGGCCACAUGGUGGGCAGCCCUGCGGAUGCUGGAGAGGCUGCCUCAGUGCUCCUGGAAAGGGGCUGCCAGGUGGUAAUCAUCACCUUAGGAGCUGAAGGAUGUGUGAUGCUCUCACAGACAGAACCUGUCCCCAAGCACAUUCCUACCGAGAAAGUCAAGGCUGUGGAUACCACGGGUGCUGGUGACAGCUUCGUGGGAGCUCUGGCCUUCUACCUGGCUUACUACCCCAAUUUGCCAUUGGAAGAAAUGCUCAAGAGAUCCAAUUUCAUCGCAGCAGUCAGUGUCCAGGCUACAGGAACACAGUCAUCUUAUCCAUACAAAAAAGACCUUCCAGUUUCUCUAUUUUGACUGCUAUUAGCCCCAAAAUUAUACUUGG